GAUAUUUGGUGUCAAAUUGAGGGGGCAAAAUGAACCUUCGGUCGAAAAAUAAAUAAAAAGACAUCAACAAUCACCGAGCUCUCUCUGUUUUGCUGGGUUUUUCCAUUUGGCGCCGAAGCCACCAGUUUACAAAAUCGAAAAUUUUAGUUCACUUUAGUUUUCACAUUCCCCUAAUUUUUCUAUCUCCUGAAUUUCUAGGGUUCUUGAGUUCGCAUUCGCCAAUGUCCAGUUAAUAAAUGGAAGCGUCAAAUUCACCAGUCAUCAAGCCUAUAAACAAAAGCGCGGUGAACAGAAUCUGCGCCGGCCAAGUAAUCCUAGACCUUUCAUCAGCCGUGAAGGAGCUAGUCGAGAACAGCUUAGACGCAGGCGCUACCGGAAUCGAAAUCGCUUUGAAAGACUACGGCCAGGAAUCCUUUCAAGUCAUCGAUAAUGGAUGCGGCAUUUCUCCUAGUAAUUUCAAGGUUCUUGCACUAAAGCAUCACACGUCGAAAUUAUCUGAUUUUCCUGAUCUUCAAUCACUGACUACAUUUGGAUUUAGAGGAGAAGCAUUGAGUUCGCUUUGCGUGUUAGGCGAAUUAACAGUCGAAACAAGAACUAAAAAUGAGUCUGUAGCUACUCACUUGAGUUUUGAUCGUUCUGGUUUAUUAACAGCUGAAAAGAAAACCGCUCGUCAAAUCGGUACCACGGUUACUGUUAAGAAAUUGUUCUCUAAUUUGCCUGUGCGUAGCAAAGAAUUUAGCCGUAAUAUUCGCAAAGAAUAUGGCAAGCUGAUCUCUCUAUUAAAUGCUUAUGCACUUAUUGCUAAAGAUGUUCGGUUAGUCUGUACUAAUGCAACUGGUAGAAAUGCAAAGACUGUUGUUCUUAAAACACAAGGAACUCAUUCACUUAAGGAUAAUAUCGUUACAGUCUUUGGCGUGAGCACCUUCAGUUGCUUGGAGCCUGUUAGUAUAUGUAUAUCAGAGGAUUGUAAGGUUGACGGCUUUCUUUCUAAGCCUGGACAAGGUUGUGGCCGCAAUUUGGGAGAUAGGCAGUAUUAUUUUGUGAAUGGUCGACCGGUGGAUAUGCCUAAAGUUAGUAAGCUUUUGAAUGAGUUAUAUAGAGGUGCAAAUUCUCGGCAAUAUCCUAUUGCAAUCAUGAAUUUUAUAGUUCCGACUAGAGCAUGCGAUGUGAAUGUAACUCCAGAUAAAAGAAAAGUAUUCUUUUCUGAUGAGCACUCCUUAUUGCUUGCUCUUAGGGAGGGUUUGCAGAAGAUAUACUCCCCAAGUAGUGCUUCUUAUUCCAUCAAUAAUGUUGAGGUAGAUGUAAAGGCAGCCGGUAGCCCUCAGUUAUAUUCCCCUUGUGACAAAUCUCAUAUGUUGGCAAAACAAUCAUCUGCAGUUAGGCAUACUUAUAACGAAACUCACCUGGAGGAGAAUUCUUCAGAGGGUGGUGAUGUUAAAAUGGAAUCUCAUUCAUCAGAGGCUACAGAAAAUAGUGGUGAAGAAGACACAAUGAAGGACUUCACUCUUAGAGUGCAUGAUAUUAAAGAGGCUUAUGGUUUUUGUAACAGUAGCAAUAGGCAACUCGUUACUGACAAUAAGAUUCUAACAGAUCAAAGUGCUCCUUGGCCUGCAAGAGGAGUCGAGAAAAACAUUGCUGAGAGUAAAUAUCCUGAUAGUUCUUUACGGUCUAUUCAGUCAACUAUGAACAAGUUUGUUACUGUAAGUAAAAGAAAGCAUGAAGAUAUUAGUACAACAACUCUAUCCGAAAUUCCUAUCCUGAGAAACCAAACUUUUCAAGAAUCAUUAAAUAAAGGCAACUCUGAGAUGAAUGCUGCUGCUAAACGUUCUCCAUUUAAUGACUGUUCCGCUGAUGAUUUUACUAAGGUGAAUGAGGUUGAGGCAUUUAAGUGUACAAAAGCAGAAAAAAUCUUAAAUAAAUUCCGGAAUUCUCUUUCUUAUAGAGGGAAUGGCAAUGACAGAAGCGACAAGGAUGAACUGCUGGGUGACAAAAAAGCAACUCCUCUGGUUGACUCCACAACAAUUUCUUUGAUGGAGGGUCUGGACAAGGGGUCUGAAAGUCUUAUGGAUUCAGCAGCUGCAGAAAAGCCAUCAUCUGUUGCUGUUGCUGCAUCUAUCACUUCCCCUAGCAAGGGCCUUGAGAAUAUGUCUGAGGAUCUUAUUGUUAAAACUCCUUCAUUGCCUUCUAGUUUGCUUUUAGAUGUUCCAAAGCCUUCUUCCCAAAAGAUAUGCUCCACCUUGCAGUUUAGUUUCCAAGAAUUAAAGGCAAAAAGGCAGCAGAGACUGUCGAGAUUACAGUUUAGCAAUUACAAAUCUGGAGGCAUGAAGAUGAAAAGGAGCUAUGCUGCUGCAACUCUAGAGCUUUCUCAGCCAGACAAUGAAGAGCGAAAAGCAAGGGCUCUGGCUGCAGCUACUACUGAGUUAGAAAGACUUUUCAGAAAGCAAGACUUUAGAAGAAUGAAGGUUAUUGGCCAAUUUAACCUUGGUUUCAUUAUUGGGAGAAUAGAUCAUGAUUUAUUUAUAGUGGAUCAGCAUGCUGCAGAUGAGAAAUACAAUUUUGAGCGAUUGUGUCAAUCAACAGUUUUGAACCAACAGCCUUUGCUGCGAUCAUUAAGGUUGGAGUUAUCUCCAGAGGAGGAAGUAGUUGCUUCAAUGAACAUGGACGUAAUAAGGAAAAAUGGAUUUGCUUUGGAAGAGGAUCCAGACGCACCACCUGGCCACCGAUUUAAAUUGAAAGCGGUUCCUUUUAGUAAGAAUAUAACAUUUGGAAUUGAAGAUGUGAAGGACCUUAUUUCUACUCUUGCUGACAGUCAAGGGGACUGCUCGAUAAUUGGUAGCUACAGAAUGGACACUUGUGAUUCUGUGUGCCCAUCAAGAGUUCGGGCAAUGCUGGCGUCGCGAGCUUGCAGAUCAUCUAUUAUGAUUGGAGAUCCAUUGGGAAGGAAUGAAAUGCAGAAGAUACUAGAGCAUCUGGCUGACUUGAACUCACCGUGGAAUUGUCCUCAUGGAAGACCGACGAUGCGGCAUUUGGUCGACAUAACUUCCAUUUAUAAAAGAGGAGAUGAUUACGAUUUGAGCUUGUGAGUGACCUUGACACCUCAGUGCCUAACUUAUUGUAAAUGAUGUAACGAAGCUGGAACUGAGAGAGUUGUAACUGGCAAGGCAACAGCUAUUUUGUGUCCCAAUUCUUUCAUAUAACAAACAAAUUCUAGAUCCCUUGAAAAUCAAUAGUUUACUAAAGUGUGCAUCCGGCUAUGCAAAAUGUACUUAAGAAGUAAAUUAAUAUUUUGUUAAAAAAAGGUCUAAUGAUUAUUUAAAUCCAAA